AACAAAUCGUUUUGAAACAUAACGUCAACAAAUACAAUGAAAAAAACUAGAAAAGUGUCCUCAUUAUGCCUUUUUCUUAUUUUUGUUAUUUUACACAUGGUUUGCAAAAGAAACUACGUUAAGAAUAUAGAAUCCUGUUAUGAAACUGUACAUGUAUUCUCUGCAGUAGCACAAGCAAAGACAAAAUGGAGUUUUAUAGAGAGUAUUGUUCUUGAUGUUCUGGAUGGAUCUAAACAUUCUUAUUGCGACUGUUGUAUAAAUGGGUACCAGGGAACACCUAUUUAUCGUAUAAAUGCUGUUGUGAAGGAGACCUAUAAUCAUAACAGUGAAUUCACUGACUUAAUAGCAAGACAGUUCAAGUGCUCUGUAAAAAAUAUUGGUUUUAGGAUGGUAAAUAUACACUUAAUUGGAAAAAUUGAAUCGUGUAGUAUUUCGUAUAAUCUUCAUCCUGUUUUAUACCCAGAGAUAAAAGAAAACGGAUUCGGAAUAUGUGCAAAAAUAGCCUACAAUUAUCUUAACCCAUUGCACCUUAUUGAGUGGUUUGAAUAUCAGAAAAUGAUGGGUGUAGACAUGGUUUUUAUAUCUGUACAAUCCUUAAAUAAAGACGCUAAUAAAGUUUUGAGACAUUACGAAAGAGAAGGGAUUACAACACUGAUUUCUUUUCUAAAUAACAUGCCCGGGAAAUUAGAUAUGUACUUGGAAAAUAUUUAA